ACCCUGGAUAUGGACUCUUAGAAAUGUCAAAAUCUAUCAAAAUUUUGCGAUAUUACUGUGUGCAACAAUCAAAAUAGCCUUGAAGGCAUUUCCGUACAAAAAUUAUAAAUUGUAGUUUUAUGCAAAAAUGCCAAAGAAAAUGGGAACCAAUUCCAAGGCGGUGGAGGCGCGUGAACGCAAACAAGCUGUGAAGCAGGCCAAGAACGACCGUGCAGCUAAGGAGGCUGAGGAUCGACUAUGGGCAGACAAUGAUAAAAAUUUAGCCAAGAAGCAACAACGACGUGAGGAAGAGGAAAAGAAACGCGCGGAAGCCAUAAAACGAAAGAAUGAAGCGAAGGCGCUGCUCGAUCAAGAAAUGUCAUCCAUUAAGACGCAAGGAAAGCAACCUCUGGCAAAGAUUCAUCGACAGCAAAUUCUGGAAGAAUUAGACAAAAAACAGCGUGCUAUUGAUGCCAUUAACGCAGCCAAACCACAGUUGGGGGCGCGUGUUGUUUUACCGGAACCUGUAAUCGAAGAAAAUCUGAACCGUUCCAUGGCCGAUGUAGAAAUUGCAACAAAUGUCGAUCAAGCUUUGGCGGCUCUAAGUGUAAAAGACAGCGAGGAAGACAAACAUCCAGAAAAGCGUAUGCGCGCUGCCUACAAAGCCUUCGAGACGGCCAAUAUGCCACGUAUCAAAGCGGAAAAUCCAUCAAUGCGUUUAUCACAAUGGAAGCAAAUACUUAUGAAAGAAUGGAACAAAUCACCCGAAAAUCCAUUUAAUCAAGCACGCUGACCAUGAAGCCGCCACUUUCAGAACUGUGAUGAUUUGACUGAUUUGCUAGUUUUGAAUUUGAAAUGAAAUUGGGGACUCGACGGCUACAACACUGGGUAGUGUUAAUUAUUUUAAUUACUUGCACAUAGUCAACAAAUGUGUUUUAUGCUUAUUUAGUUAAAUUCUUAUAAUAAUUUAUGAUUUCAUUGAAAACAAAAAUCAAGGAAGUAUGCAUUUUGUUUACUUUAAAUACAUGAAAUAUUCUUAAAUAUUUAAAAUAGUUUAAAAAAAUAGAA